AUGACAAAAAAUCAAUUGUAUACAUCUAAGAAUGAGCAGGCAUUACCGAUAAAACCAUGUGAAUGUGCGAGCCAAGAUAUAGUAUUCGAUUUAAAGAAAUAUGAUCCCUAUUUUGACAAGAUUCGAGCACUUUUUGUGCCUAGUCUGGAAUAUAGAUUCCAGUCUUUGUUGGAGAAGUUCGUGUAUAAUACAAAUUCUCGAUGGGCUAAGCAGUUUCCAUGUUUCAAGAAAUUCAUGGGUAUGAUAAUUAUGUGGAAGGAUCUUCUGAAUAGAGUCGUUGAAUAUGAUAUCAGCACAAUGGAAGAAAUUAUGAAAAAUACUAUCAAACGCUUGAUAAAGGAUGAUUUGAUCACCUGUUUUCUGGAUUCUGUUAUUUUGCAUCAUAGAUUGAAAAAAGUUUGCCGGGAGUUAGAUACAUUGGGCAUCGAAGACAAUAUUUUAAAAAACUUGAAUGUGUGGAACUUAAUCAAUGAGCAAGACUAUUUAGAUCGCAAUUGCUUCAUGUAUGUUAUUAUGUGUGUAAUAUAA